AUGCCUAGCGCUGAUUAUUCAAAGAAACCUAAUUACCGUAAACACGUGCAUGUCAUUGCGGCAAGCGUGAAUCGUCGAUUACCUUUCGUAUUGGUUUUUCAGGCUUGUGCGGAUUGGCGAACAACAAUAAGAUUAGCUCAAACUUACGAUGAAGACACGUUGGAGACCUUAAGUUUAAAAUACAUCAACCCAUCGCCAAAUACCUAUACAUUUACGAAAAACUUAGCCGAGCAAAUAAUAAAUGAGUACCGUUACAAAUUACCAGUAGUAAUCUUUAGACCAUCAAUAGUUUUGCCUGCUCUUAAAGAACCAUUGCCUGGUUGGAUAGAUAAUUUAAAUGGUUCUAUAGGUCUUAUGCUAGCCUGCUCUUUGGGUAUCUUGCGUACUAAUUAUAUUACACAUUCACUUAGAUACGAUCAAGUACCGGUAGAUAUGGUAGUACGUGCUAUGUUAAUAGCAUGCUUUAAGAAAGGAUAUCUUUCGAGAGACGAUAACAAUUUAGAUGUUUAUAACAUGGGCUCAAAAGACUACAUACGCCUAAACUUAAGAGAAUUUCUUAUAUUAGCUGAAAAAGAAUGUAAAAAAAAUCCGUUUAAGAAAACAUUAUGGACUCCUGGCGGAAAACCGACAUUAUGUCCAUUUACAUUUGUAAUAAGAUAUAUUUUCCUACAACUUUUGUUGUCAUAUCUGGGAGAUAUUGGUCUGCGUUUAUCUGGGCAGAAACCAUUCCUUUUUAAAUUGCAACGACGCAUUUUUGUUGCAAAUAACGCAAUUAGAUAUUUUACAAAUAGAGACUGGAUUUUUAAAAAUGACAAAUCCAGAGGUUUGGAGACUAUAAUACCAAAAUCGGAAAUUGACAAAUUUGGCUUAACGGAAUACUUACAUCGAGAUGAAGCUAAAAUUACCGCUACUUAUAUACGUGGCUUGAAAGUAUUUUUAAUGAACGAACCUGAAGAAGCCAGUAAAGGGACUUGGAGACGUUUUAAAAUCUUAACGUAUACCAAUUAUUUAUUACAAUUUUUAACUGUUUUAAUAGCAGUAAGGUUUCUCAUAUAUUUGCUUUUUUAAUA